GCUAUACUACAAUUGUACAACUACAGUAUAGUUGUGGCUUUCGGAUAUACGCCACUUACGCUGCCUGCGUCAGGGGUGAGCUAGUGGAGCAAUAUAGUCCAUACCGGACUUCCAGGAUCCAGAUCAGUAAGACCAUGGCCAACAGGACUUUGGACGAGACUCAGAACAGGAUGCCCACGGCUGGCAGGAGAGACAACGCUAUGGCCUCACGGUUUUCUGGACUUCGCCAACACAAGGCAAGACACGGUUGCAACGUGUAACAUGUUCCCAGUUGUGUCCAGCUCUUGGGUUUUACCUCUUCCUCCUCUUGAAUCGGGUCGAAAAUGGUAUCUUCAAACAAAUGAUAUGCUUUGUAUGGGAUGCCAUUCGGAAAAUCAGGAGUUCGGUUACCGGGUUGUGGGCUCGGCUAGGCGACUUCCUAUGUGAAUUGCAAGUCCGAGGUGGUAGAAGGUCAUCCUAUAUGGAUGUGGGUACCGUGCGGGCUGGUAUGUCUGUCAGACUUGCCGUCUUCUCAGAGGAGAUUGCCUGAUUAGGCUUUGAUUGUGCAAGGGACAAAGCUACCAAGUGGAUGGUCAAUAAACGGAAUCUAAGGGUGGGAAAGGAGGAGGCGGGCGGUUCAGGGUAAGGUUGGCGGAUAGAGAAUAUUAGAAAGGAUUUGUCGUAUAAUAAGCCGUCGAGGCUGUUGUGUUGUCCUGUGUCGAAGUCGCGCCGUGGAGCCCGCGGGCGCAGUCAAAUUGUCGUCAAGGCGAUCUAUACAACAUCCACUUCUUCCUCCUUCUCCCAGGUUCACAACCACCACCACCACCACCAGAACCAUCGAUUGGCCAACCACGAUGGCUCAUCUAGUUCACGGAAAAGGAUGUGAAUGUCCUUCCUGCCGCCGAGAUGCCGACAGACACGCACCAGGCUGCAUAUGUACAGUAUGUGUCCGCAGAAUACAGCAGCACGAAAACAGUAGUUGGGAGUCUCAGCUUCCAUCAUACAGUUUACCACAUCGGGAGAUGCAGCGAGAUACAGAGUUUUACAGUUCUUCAGAUAGUGUCCUUCAGGCACCAUCUGUGUACCAAAGUCUUGCGACAGAAACCCCAUCGGCGAACGCGCCGAUGGAAUCGCGCAGGGGAUCCCAUACCUCUAUUCCGAGUGCUUCACAAGGAGCAAAAGACGACCGGCUCGAAGCCCCUCGGAAGGCUGAGGACACGCCCCAGCAAACUUCUUUUGCUCCGGCUCCCGCAUUAUUCACAGGGCCCAUUGUCUACAGUCCCAACCCUUCGAACGUUGAGCUUCGGGAAUGGGCCCUGACCAGCCCCGUCCGACCUGCUCCUGUUAUCCAUCCUAUCGGUGUUCUUCGGACUGUUGAGCAAACCGUUCCUCCUUCGACAGGAUUUUCAAUUUUUCCAAAAGAUGAAACUGUCACAGCGGCAAAACCGCAGGAAUCUGCUCGAUUGCAGAAAGACGUUCCAGAACCAUCUGAGAAGCCGGCUUCUCUCACACAAGACUUUCCAACGCUUCCGCAAGGCAAAGCGGUCGAAAUGACAAGACCGCAGACGUUUGCCGCUGCGGUCAAGGCCACUCCUCAACUGCCCCGACAAGACGCUUCCUGUCAUACCCACAGUUAAAUGUUCACGGGCGACCUUGCGCCGCGAGGCCGAACCGAAAUCGUUCACUCCACUUCUCUCUCACGGCUGAAGACAACCGCUCAAAGACAAGUUCAAGAGAAGGUUUCACAUUUUACUCUGGUCGGAGAGCAGGAGGAUCGCAUUCGUGCUACAUUUGGGCCUCAGCUGGGGAGUCCAAGUCAAAUUCCCACCCUACGUCACGCGUGGAACAGGAUCCCACUAUUAGCGUGAACUGCUGCUCAAAGGCGUAGGAGGCUGGGAGAUGCCGGAGCUGCGCAUGGUGCAUGGAGCUGCGCAUGGUGCAUGGUAUGGUCGGCUGUUACACUGAAAAGAAUGGUUCAUAUGCUCAGAGAGUGCUAGACCGGUGUUUUUAUGUAUAUGGUAGGAAACAACAGUGUUAAUUGAUCAGUUCACCCUACGUACACACAAAUGACUUGAAUUGAAUAGCUGCAAACGUUGGGCCAAUGCAAGAUGGAACUGUAC